UAGUUUUACUAAAAAGAUUUUUUAAAAAAAGAAUGAAUAAAGAAAUACCUGGUUGGAUUUGGUAGCAAAGAAAGGGCCCAUAUAAAAAAGCCCACCAGCGUGAGCCCACCUUGCGUCGUUGUUGGAAACUCGUCUGAAAUUCUCCGUCUUCUUCAUUCGUAAUCUGAGAAGCUUCUUUGUCUUUGAUGAUUGGUUUCUUCCUCCAGCAUCGUCGUCAAUGGAAACGAGAAUCCUUUGAUCUCUCCUCUCAGUCGUCUCUCUCUGUCGCCAUCUCCGCCGUCGGGCUAUGGUCGUCGUCAAUGGAAACGAGAAUUCGAAGCCCACCGUGUCGUACUCUGAGAAGUUUCUUUUCGUCUUUGAUCAAAAGUUGAUCGUCUCUCAUCUCUUUGUCUCUCGUAGUUGGAUUCUUUGAUUGGGGGUUUUCUUUCUCGUAGAUGGAUUCUUUGAUUGGGAUUUCUUCCUCAUGUUAGAAGAAGAAGAAGAAGAAGAAGAAGAAGAAGAAGAAGAAGAAGAAGAGCGUGAUAUAUAUUUAUAAGCAAACAAGGUUCUCUUGGGUUAUUUCCUUUUUUCUUAAACAGAGUAUCUUUGCUUCACUAAAUGAUGAUUUGAUAUUAAUCUACCCGUUGGGAUUUUUCACUAUUUCUAAUAAUAAGAGAUCUAAAUUAGAUCCGAUUUCCAUUUACUAAUUUCAAUCUAA